AUGAAGUCUUUUUUUCUUGUAUUGGUAUUGAUCAUCUCUGCUGUUAUCUGUAGUGCCAAAUGGACAAGUGAAACUCAAUCUGCUUCUAGUGUGCUUCCAUCGACUGGUAAAACUUGUGGAGGUACCUCACCAUUAACUCGUUGGGCACGAACAGGUCGAUCAGACACAAUACAGAUGAAUAUUGACACUAGUAGUUGUCGAUUUGAAAAAACUCCAUUGUAUUUCACGAGUCUAUCAGGUGUUGCUGGUCAUUAUCUUCUUGUUGGUGUCGAUGCUAUCUAUGAACCGACCGCAAAUGGCUUUAAAAUUAAUGUUCACUCAACUAAUAAUGAAUCAGCUGAUACAUUAAUGGCUUGGUCAGCUCAAUAUCAAUGGAAUGUCAAUUGGUUCGGAUUUUCACCUUGA